AUGAAUCAUCUCAAGACGUUGAAACAAAACAGUGGACGCAAAGAUAAAGGGUUUAUGGUUCUGGGCGAUGAUCCAGAGCGUGAAGUUGUGUAUCGCACAUACAUACUCGGGGGACAAGACUUUCCAGAAUCGAGUGGACAAUAUAGAUGUAGUGAGGUGGGUAAGAAGGUCAUAGGCGGGUUGAAUACGGGUUGUGGAAUUCCAUAUUACGCCAUCGUGUUGGAGAAGGUCGAUAUAGAUCACCAAGUGAAUGGUGGUAGUGAGAGAAAAGAGGAAGAUUUGGUCUUGAUGAGGAAGCAACGGGGUGGUGGUGAGAAAGAGGUGUCGGAUAUGAUGAAGUCAAUAAAGCAACGGCAAAAAUGGUAA